AUGCGCCAAAAUAUCCAGUUCUUUCUUGUCGCCUCAUUGGUGCCAUCGGCAGCUUGCUGGGACUAUCCAGGAUGGUCUCCAGACUGGGACGAGCACUGGACGGUCGAUGGCCAACAGGCCGUGUUGGGCGGCGGUGACUGUUCCGUCAGCCAUAUGACAAUGUUUGAGAUGGAGAAGGGCCGCGAGCCCGUCUACUUCUCGACCGCGCCCCUCGACGACCCGGAGGCGCCCAAGAUGCUGCCCCUUAACUCGACGGGGGGUGAGCAGUGGGAGUUUGACGCCGUGUCCGACGACGGAACUCUGACUUUUGUCAUUGGCUUCUACCGCGACCCCAACUACGCUAUUCUCGGCACCGGCAACCUUCGUCUGUCGGCUGAGUUCGCCUACUCAAACGGCACCCGCUUUGUCCGCGUUGACUACCCGACGGACUCCAUCGUCGAGUCCUGCCCGACAUACACCCGCGGCGUCUGGAAGUCGAAGGACUACAGCUACACGUUCGAGGUGUCCAAGGACAUGAGCACGGCGCGCAUCGGCUUCGACGCCGAGGACGUCAAGGGAAGCGCCUUGAUCAAAUCCGUCACAUCGCCGCGCUACCCCGACGCCUCCGUGUUCCCGCGCGAGAACGCCACCACCGAGGCCGUCCCCUACUUCCACUGGAUCGAGCCCAUCCCCGUCGGACGGGCCUACGUCGACGUGCAGAUCCAGGGCACGCCGUACCAGUUCACCGGCCUGGGCGGGCACGAGAGGCUCUGGACGGCCUUCAGCUGGUUCACCUGCCUCAGCACCUUUUCGGCAGUCCGCAUCAUGGCCGGCCCGUACGCGCUGACGCACGUCGCCUACGGGUCAGCCCUCCUGAAGGAUGUGCGCCGCCCGUCCGUCGCGCUGUGGGAGGACGGCAAGCACAUCUUCUCGGCAACGGCGUCCGAGCCGUCGGACACGGAGGACUACGCCGUCCUGGAGAAGACGUAUCACGGCAACGUGACGGGCAAUCUGAAGGACAAGUCGACGGGGUAUGAGCUGGUCCUGGUGUCUCCCAAGAGAAAGAAGCAGUGGAGUUUCACCAUCACCAACAAGAACCUCGGUUUCGAGUAUUUCCUCGGGGAGGGCGUCGGCGGCAGCGGAUUCGCUGCCACCGCCGUCGGCGGCCCCAUCGGGCUCAAGCAGUAUUUUGGCGCUGCUUUUGUUGAGUCUCUGGAGUUUCCCAAGAGAUCCUAUCUCUUCAAGCCCAACUACGUAGAUGCGGUGAAGACCUAG